AUGGUGUUCAACGACUUGAUCCAGAAGGUCAAAUCAAAGAUUACCAAAACCACCAACACUAGCACCACUCCCACCACCACUCCCAUUGCCCCAAAAUUUAAUUUAGUUGUUACCCCUCCUAUUGAAACUCAAAAAGCUCUCCCAGCCCUACCUAGAAGAUCAUCCACCUUCUCUUUAAGCUCGAAAGGUCUAACUGAAGAGCAACGAUUCGCCCGGCAUUGCGCAGGCUUUGAUCGAUUUGAAGAUAAGCCCAACGAGAUCGACAAUCCCUUCUCCGACGCCGCGAGGAUUCCCGACAAAGACAACGCGCAAAAAAAAGUUCGAACUUUAACUGGCAAGGAGAUCGAAUUGGAUGUUGAGGCCGACAACAAGAUUGAGCGUGUGAAGGAAAAGGUCGAGGAGAAAGAGGGCAUUCCACCCGUUCAACAACGCCUGAUCUACGGUGGCAAGCAGAUGGCCGACGACAAGCUAGUCAAAGAUUACGAGCUCGAACCCGGAGCCACCCUCCAUCUCGUCCUUGCUCUCCGCGGAGGCUCUUUCUAA